AUGAAUCCCAACAGCCUACCUGCUCAUGUCCUCUUGCUGCUGAGUACCAUGCUGGGCCUGAGCGUAGGCUUGGAGUUUACUGGCUCUGAAGGUCAGUGGGCUCGCUACCUGCGCUGGGAUGCCAGCUCCAAAAGUGACCUGACUUUUCAGUUCAAGACUUCAGAAUCGGAGGGCCUGCUGCUCUACUUCGACGACGGCGGCUUUUGCGACUUUCUGCUUCUCACAGUAUCCAAGGGUAAGCUGCAGCUUCGCGUCAGCAUCGACUGUGCUGAGACCACCAUCACCUCUGACAAGAUGGUCAACGACAGCCGCUUGCACUUUGCCGCCAUCAACAGGCACAAUUUGCGGACUGGCUUGGCCGUGGAUGACCAGACCAAGACCGAGGAAGUGCGGCCCCAGAGGCGGUUUAUGAGGAUCGUUAGUGACCUCUUCCUCGGAGGGCUCCCCGGGGACAUCCGCACAUCUACCAUCACCCUGCCCUCUGUCCGUGAGCUACCACCAUUCAAGGGAAUUAUCACAGAGCUCAGUUAUGGGAGUAAGAAACCCACGCUCAUCAAUAGUCAGAAAGUACGCUUGGAGAUGAUGGGCCUUUGCACAGAGAACCCCUGUGAGAAUGACGGGAUCUGCUCACUGGCAGAUGGAGAACCCUACUGUGACUGCUCCAAAACUGGAUAUGUAGGUCGAUACUGCACUGAAGCAGUCCAGAGAAAACCAGGCCUCGCACACCUGAAGGCAGAGCAAGGUAGAAACAAAGGGAGGGAGGAGAACGUGGCAACCUUCCGGGGCUCGGAGUAUUUUUGCUACGACCUGUCGCAGAACCCCAUUCAGAGCAGCAGCGACGAGAUCACGCUGUCCUUCAAGACCUGGCAACGUAACGGCCUCCUCCUCCACACGGGGAAAUCCGCAGACUAUGUCAACCUGGCCCUAAAAGACGGGGCCGUCUCCCUGGUCAUCAACCUGGGCUCCGGUGCCUUUGAGGCCAUCGUUGAGCCAGUCAAUGGAAAGUUCAACGACAACAACUGGCAUGACAUCAAAGUGACGCGCAACCUGAGACAGCAAUCAGGCAUUGGACACGCUAUGGUGACUAUCUCCGUUGAUGGGAUCCUCACCACCACUGGCUACACGCAGGAAGACUACACCAUGCUGGGCUCCGAUGAUUUCUUCUACGUGGGUGGGAGCCCCAGCACUGCGGACCUGCCCGGAUCUCCAGUUAGCAACAAUUUCAUGGGCUGCCUCAGAGAGGUGGUGUAUAAGAACAAUGAUAUCCGGCUGGAGCUGUCCCGCCUCGCCCGCAUUGUGGACCCCAAGAUGAAACUCCAGGGCGAUGUGGUCUUUAAGUGCGAAAACGUUCCCACCCUCGACCCCAUUAACUUUGAGACGCCAGAUUCCUACCUGGCCUUACCGAAGUGGAACACCAAACGCGUCGGCUCCAUCUCGUUUGAUUUCCGCACCUCCGAACCCAACGGGUUGAUACUCUUCACCCACGGCAAGCCGCAGGACCGCAGGGAUGCGAAGGGACAGAAGAACAACAAGGUAGACUUCUUUGCGGUGGAGCUGCUGGACGGAGGGCUGUACCUGCUGCUUGACAUGGGCUCCGGGACCAUCAAGGUCAAGGCCACACAGGCUAAGGUCAAUGACGGCGCCUGGCACCAUGUGGACAUCCAGAGGGACGGUCGCUCAGGCAUCAUCUCAGUAAACAGCCGCCGAUCCCCUUUCACAGCCAGCGGGGAAAAUGAGAUCUUGGACCUGGAGGGGGAUCUUUAUCUAGGUGGUCUACCUGACAGCCGGGCAGGCCUGGUGCUCCCCACUGAGCUCUGGACCGCUAUGCUGAACUACGGCUAUGUGGGCUGUGUCCGGGAUCUGUUCAUCGACGGACGCAGCAAGGACAUCCGGCAGAUAGCUCAGUCCCAGAAUGUGACCGGCAUCAAGUCCUCGUGCAGUAAGGUGACGGGAAAACAGUGCGACAGCAGCCCCUGCAAGAACAACGGCGCAUGCAAGGAAGGAUGGAACCGCUUCGUCUGUGACUGCACUGGAACCGGCUUCUGGGAUAGCACCUGUGAGAGAGAGGCAUCCAUUCUGUCAUACGAUGGCAGCAUGUACAUGAAAGUGGUGAUUCCGAACGUCAUGCACACAGAGGCUGAGGACGUCUCCUUGCGCUUCAUGUCCCAGCGGGCAUUCGGCCUGCUCAUGGCCGCCACGUCCCGCGAGUCGGCGGAUACGCUGAGGCUGGAGCUGGACAGCGGCAGAGUCAAAUUGACGGUCAACCUAGACUGUGUCAGGAUAAACUGUAACACCAGCAAGGGCCCUGAGGUUAUUUAUGCCGGACAAAAGCUCAACGACAAUGAGUGGCACUCAGUACGAGUGGUCCGCCGCGGUAAAAUCUUCAAACUCACUGUGGACGAAGACAUGGCUGAAGGUGAGAUGGCGGGCGACCACACCCGUCUAGAGUUCAACAACGUGGAGACGGGCAUCUUGACCGAGAGGCGCUUUGUCUCGUCUGCUCCCUCCUCCUUUAUAGGGCAUCUUCAGAGCCUGAAGUUCAACGGGAUGCAGUACAUCGACAUGUGCAAGAACGGGGACAUCGACUUCUGCGAAUUGAACGCCCGCUUUGGAAUGCGUUUCAUCAUAGCUGACCCCGUGACCUUCAAGACCAAGGGCAGCUACCUGGGCUUGGCCACUCUGCAGGCUUAUACCACAAUGCACCUCUUCUUUCAGUUCAAAACCACCUCGCCUGACGGUUUCAUCAUCUUCAACAGCGGAGACGGGAACGACUUCAUCGCUGUAGAGCUGGUCAAAGGGUUUAUCCACUAUGUGUUCGACCUGGGGAACGGGCCCAGUCUGUUGAAGGGGAACAGUGACAACCCCCUGAACGAUAACCAGUGGCACAACGUGGUCGUCACGAGAGACGCCUCCAACACGCACACGCUCAAGGUGGACUCCAAGUCAGUCACCCAGAAUGUCAACGGAGCCAAGAACCUGGACCUCAAAGGUGACCUGUUUGUCGGAGGUCUGGGACCCAACAUGUACCAGAACCUCCCUAAGCUGGUGGUUUCUCGGGAGGGCUUCCAAGGCUGCUUGGCCUCAGUUGAUCUCAACGGCCGCCUGCCAGAUCUCAUCAACGACGCCCUUUUCCGCAGUGGGCAGAUUGAUCGAAGCUGUGAAGUUGGUUUCACCAAAGCCGACCUGCAAGGCCCCAGCACGACCUGCCAGGAGGACUCGUGUGCCAACAUGGGUGUGUGUAUCCAGCAGUGGGAGAACUUCACUUGUGACUGCUCCAUGACGUCUUACUCGGGAACUCACUGCAACGACCCUGGCACCACCUAUAUCUUUGGUAAAGGAGGGGGUCUGAUCACAUACACGUGGCCCAAUAACGAGAGGCCAAGCACACGGACGGACCGGCUGGCAGUGGGCUUCAGCACCACUAUCAAAGACGGCAUCCUGGUCCGCAUCGACAGUGCCCCUCGUCUGGGUGACUACAUCAUGCUGCACAUCGAACAAGGCAAAGUGGGUGUGACAUUCAACAUUGGGACCGUGGACAUCAGCGUUAAGGAGACAACCACCGGGAUAAACGAUGGCAAAUACCAUUUGGUCCGGUUCACCAGGAACGGGGGUAACGCCACCUUGCAGGUGGACAACUGGCCAGUCAAUGAACACUUCCCUACAGGCAACAGCGACAUUGAGCGCUAUCAAAUGGCAAAUAAGAAAAUCCCGUUCAAAUAUACCCGGCCAGUAGAAGAUUGGCUUCAGGAGAAAGGCCGGCAGCUGACCAUUUUCAACACCCAGGCCACUAUCUCCAUUGGCGGAAACGACCGGAAGCGGCCCUACCAGGGCCAGCUGUCCGGCCUCUACUACAACGGCCUCAAGGUCCUCAACAUGGCCGCCGAGGGCCACGUCAACAUCAAGGUGAACGGCAGUGUGCGGCUGGUGGGCGACGUGCCGGUCAGCAGGGGCGCGGCGCGCACCACCACCUCAGUGCCGCCGGAGAUGUCCACCACCUUUAUUGAGACCACCACCACGCUCUCCACGACGACCACCCGCAAACAGCGCUCACCGCCAAUUAUUCAGACGACGGAUGACAUCGUUUCAUCGGCGGAGUGCUCCAGCGACGACGAGGACCUGGAAGAGUGCGACUCGGGACAUGCAGGAGGGGAGCUAGUCAUCCCCGUGCUAGUCGAGGACCCCAUAGACAUCCCCUCUGUAUCCACCCGUUCUCCAUUCAUCCCCCUCCCCCAACCUCCGCCCGUCCUCACCAUUGUUGAGACCACCAAAGAAUCCUUGGCCAUGGCCACUGAGGCGGGGGUACCUUGCUUGUCGGACCGAGGCGGCGAUGAUUGUGAUGAUGGUGAUGGUGGUGAUGAUGGUGAUGAUGAUGAUGAUGAUGGCAUGGUGAUUUCGGGGUUUGGCUCUGGCGAAGCUUUCGACUCUAGCCUGCCCCCGACUGACGAUGAAGAUUUUUACACCACCUUCUCCCUGGUAACAGAUAAGAUCUUGACCACAUCGGCCUAUGAAGGCGGCUACAAAGCCCUCGCGCCCAAGUGGGAGGCCAAGGACUUGAGGCCUAGCAAAGCCUCUGAGGCAGGUAGGACUACACCCUCCUCGCCUCUGCCCAACCCCCGGGGCACGCCGCCGGCGGCGGUCCCCUCGGACACGCCACCCAAGCUGCCCGCCGGGAAAAUGAACAACCGCGAGGUAAAGCCCCCGCAGCCGGACAUAGUCCUGCUGCCCCUGCCCACGUCCUUCGAACUGGACGGCACCAAGCCACGGGGCCCUUUCAUCACCUCGCCCAUGCUGCGCACGGUGCCUGCCGCCUUGCCCACAGUGCCUGGUGUGGUGCGGCGGGUGCCCCCGGGGGCCUCAGAGGUAAUCCGGGAAUCCAGCAGUACCACGGGCAUGGUGGUGGGCAUUGUCUCAGCUGCCGCCCUCUGCAUCCUCAUCCUCCUCUACGCCAUGUACAAGUAUAGGAACAGGGACGAGGGCUCCUACCAGGUGGACGAGACGCGCAACUACAUCAGCAACUCGGCGCAAACCAAUGGCGCUGUGGUGAAGGAUAAAACGCCUAGCGGCAGCACCAAAGGCAGCGCCAGUAGCAAGAGACCGAAAGACAAGGACAAGGAAUAUUAUGUAUAGAAAUCAAAAGUCAUUUCCCAACACAUAGAAAAAUAAACUGUUUGGAACACAGUUAUAAACAUUUUGACAGUACCAUAUUGGCAACUGUGAUUUAAAAAGGUUAAAAUCUCUUGAGAACUCAAGACUUACUGAGUCACUGAAACAUUUACAAAAGAACUUUGGCUUAUGG